AUCAUAGACACAUGUGACAUAAUAAUAAACCGACAACAUUUGCCGAUUGCAAAAAUGCAAGGGAGGACCAUUAACCACUGACCCUGUAUUUCGUGUCACCUAGCGACUCCGACGAGCCCCAAUCCCGCGCGCCGGUGACCAUGGAGUUCAUCGACCCCUGGGACUCCCAGUCCCGCGCUCGCGUCGUCCAUUCCGGCGCCAACUCCACUUCGUUCUCCUCCUCCACCGCCAAAGCACCCCUCUCCCUCCGCCACGCCGCAUCUUGCGCCGCCGCGGCCGUCGCACUUCUCGCCGCCGCGUUCUACCUCCUCCCGACCUACCAGAUCCUCUCCUCCCUCCUCAUAUGGAUCGCUUCGUCCCUGCUCCUCGCCCCCUUCGCGCCCUUGUCGGCCACUGGCGGCGACAUCUCCGUCGGCCGAGGCCGCGUCGUUCCGGCUCCAGAACCGGCCCCAGAACCCACACCGGAACCCACGCCCGCCCCCCGCCGCGGCCGUCGCCAGAACCCAGUCCCGACGCCCACAAAACCCUCAGAUCCGGGCACUCCCCCCGUCCAAUCGGCCGCAUCACUGCAUCCGUUGCAGAAGGCGACAACUGCGGAUGGAGCCGUGGUGGACGGCGGCGAGAGGGAGGAGGACGCCGGCGAGUGGACUGACCAAGAGCUGGAGCUGCUCCGGCGGCAGAUGGUGAAGCACCCGGCGGGUGAGCCCCAGCGCUGGGAGAAGAUCGCCGCGGUGUUUGGCGGCCGCCGCACGCCGGAGAAUGUCAUCCGGGCGGCAAAGUCGGGCGCUCCCGCGGCGGGAGGAAGCUCGUUCGAGCAGUUCCUACGCAAGCGGAAGCCGCUCGAUCCGAGGGCCGAGGCUGCUGUCACUGCGGACGAUGCGGGAGGCGCCGAGAGUGCGGACGCCGCUUGGAGCGCCGGGGAUGACCGGGCCUUGCUGAACGCUCUUAAGGAGUUCCCGAAGGACACUGCAAUGAGGUGGGAGAAGGUGGCGGCCUCUGUACCCGGGAAGACAAAGGCCGUGUGCAUGAAGAGGAUCACCGAGCUCAAGCGAGACUUCAGGAGCACCAAGACGGCAUCGGAAGCAGCAUCAUAGGCGAAACCUGAUAAUUUUGGUAGGGUGCCGGACUGAAUGACAUGCGCUGCACUGGUUUGGCUAGCGAGGAAGAACUUUACAUGGCUAGCUCCAGUGAACCAUGGAAACGGCAGAGGAUUAACUACACUACGGAGAGGGCCGGAGCUAUAGAACAGAUCAUGUAAUUUUCCUAUUGAACUAGAGACAGGGUAUCCCUUGAUAUAGGAGAAACUUUGACUUACUACUGGACACAUGGCAUGAGACAGGAAGAACCUGUUCUUGUUUCAAACUAAAGCAUGUUUUCAUUGCAAUCUUUUGUAGGGGUCCUAUUGCUAGUCGGUUAAAUGUUUUUGUGUACUGCUUCGAAUUCCUCGUUUGAGAGUGGGAAACCAAGCAGCGUUUUUUUUUA